AUGUCGAUCGUAGUACGCGAUGUGUCCGACAAUGAGCUCCACCGAGCCUGCAUAAUUGAAGCAGCCGCCUACGCGGACUCCGACCUAAACCCCAUCCUCUUCCCCGGCCCAUUUCCCCCGGACUCACAGCAAAAGCGUGUCGAUCGGUUGAUACAGAUGCGAGAAGAUGACUCCACAGCGAUCUACAUGCAAGCCAUCGACAAAGCAUCAGGCCGCAUGAUCGCGUCUUCGAAAUGGCACAUCUACAAGACGCCUAAGGAAACCAACAUACCGAGCAAGAAGAUGGAGUUUGGGUCUGGCACUAAUCCGGAGGCAUGUAUAGCGUUCUUCGGAGCCAUAGAGGAGAGGAAGAAGGAGACCAUGGGGGAUAGACCGCAUAUUUAUCUUCAUAUGCUGCACACAGACCCAGAGUUCCAGGGUUAUGGAGCAGGCAGCGCCCUGAUUGACUGGGGGAAGCAGAAGGCGGACGAGUUGGGUUUGCCGAUCUACCUGGAGUCUAGCAUCGUAGGUCAUGGUUUCUACAAGAAGCAUGGGUUCAAGGACAUUGAAGUGAUGGACAUUGACCUCAGCCCUUAUGGUGGUGGCCUGCACAAGCAGCCUUUUAUGAUUCGAGAAGUCCCUGCGACGGGGUGA